AUGGCAGGAAAAGGAGGCUGCCUAGCCUGGUCAAUCAAGAAAAAGGUCCUCAUAUUCGGCUCUAUCAGUGUACUGAUUCUCGCCCUCGGACUUGGACUGGGUAUUGGACUUGGGCUCGGCUUGAAACACAAUGACACCGACGACGGGAGUGGAGGAAGUGACAGCGACACCAACGGGAAUGGCACCAGUGGCGGAAACACGACUGUGAAGUGGCAACCCAGUGUGGGGGUCAAAUGGCAGAUUGAGUUGCUAUAUGCUCUAAACGACACAUCAGCAGAUGCACAGAUCUAUGACAUUGAUCUUUUCGAUAAUCCGAACUCGACCAUCUCGACUCUGCAAACUAUGGGCCGAAAAGUCAUCUGUUAUUUUUCGGCCGGGACAUAUGAGAAUUGGCGCUCCGAUGCAGAUGAAUUCAAAAGUUCGGAUCUGGGUGACAAUCUAAGCGAUUGGCCCGGCGAAAAGUGGCUCGACACGAAUUCACAAAAUGUACGCAAGAUUAUGCAGCAACGGCUUGAUCUGGCCGUGUCAAAGGGCUGUGAUGGGGUUGAUCCCGAUAAUAUCGAUGCAUAUGACAACAAGAAUGGUCUGGAUCUGACUGAGGAUGACGCGAUCGACUAUGUGAACUGGCUAGCGUCAGAAGCUCAUGGUCGGAAUCUCUCGCUUGGAUUGAAGAAUGGUGGCGAUAUUAUUGACUCGGUCAUUGAUAAUAUGCAGUGGUCGGUUAAUGAACAAUGUGCCCAAUAUGAUGAGUGUGAUACUUAUUCGGCAUUCAUUGAUGCGGAUAAACCUGUUUUUCAUAUUGAGUAUCCGAAGGGUGAUGAUACUGAUAAUGAUAAUAAUGUGACCAGCAAACAAAAGAAUACGGCUUGCAAUGCAGCCAACGUAGGGAAUUUCUCGACUGUGAUUAAGAAUAUGGAUUUGGAUAAUUGGGUUGAAUAUUGUUAA